AUGUCCGGCUUUUCCUUUGCAGCUCUAGGGACUGACCCAAAUGAGGAUGAACGUAUCCGAUGCGAAUUCAAUGCAAUCCGCGAACGGCUAGCGGGUGUAGCUAAAUCGGUACCGGACAAUAAGGAUGAGUUGCUGGAGGAGAAGGAGGAUUGGAUGCGGGUAUGGGUAGAUCUAACUACUCACUUGGAGGCAUGCAUAACAGUUGGAAGGGGGAAGGGUAUUGUCCUUGCACUAUCUGCGGAUGAAGUGGCGGCGGGUGAGGCGGGUCAAUUGAUGUAUGAGCACUUCCGCGGACAGGUCAGCGUGUUGAAGGCAGCCGCUAUCCGGAUGCCUGAGCCGAUUCAGCAGGAUACAACGAGUGUUGCGACUGGGAUGGUGACUAAGAAGAAGCUGGCAAUGGAGGUGAGCAUCCCAGAUAUGCCUGGGGUUUCUAGGACGUCUCGAUCAAAGUUACCACCACGCAUGAGUGCUAAAGCUCCGAUCAAUCCGACGCAUGUGGUGCAUACUCCUCCAUGCACUCAAUGCCAGGGGAAGGAACUUGUCUGUGAGGGUCCGAAGGGUCAGGGUUGCACUUCCUGCCAGGCUGCGAAGCAAUCAUGUGACUAUGCGACGGGUUCUCAUUCUGCAGCGCGUAGAGAGAAGGCCGACAUUAGCAGGGUGUCUGCAGUCAGUGUAUCUGUGAGCGGGUCUAUCUGUCGCACAGUCUCGUCUCCUACUCUGGACUCUGCUGCUGAGGAUGCUUCGUCAGAUGGGGAAUCUGAGGUUGCAGCUGAUCCGCCGCCUCGUCAUAUUUGUCCCCAUCCUACUCAUCAGACUAACAAGGGAAAAGGGCACGCAAUCAAUGUCAAUGAAUAUGAGGAUGAGAAGUUGAAAAUGCGAAUGGAAAAUGAUGAGCUUCAUCACAGAUUGCGCCUUGCGCAAGGUAAGCUUUUGAAGAUGUACAAAUUGGCAUACAAGUUGGUGGAUGACCUGAGGAAGAUGGAGGUGAAGUUGGCAGAUCGCAUGUAA